UUUUAAAAGUGAAGUGAGGAAGUUAGCAGCUAAGUGAAACGUGUGGUUAAUGUACGUAUCAAAAAGAAAAGUAACAUCGAAGAUAUUUAGCAGUUUUGAGGCAGAAAAAUAGAAAACGUAUACAUAUCCUGCAAUUUGUGGAUAAAUUGAUUUUUGUGCAAGGAUUCCACAAGGAGCAGUGAUUAAUUUUUAAUCUUUCGUUUACCUUUUUAUUUUAAAUUAUUUAAAAGACAAAGAAAGAACUACUGGGCAUGUUCUGUUGUAUAUUAAGUGUGGUUAAGUGUCGUCUAUGGCAGAAUCCGCUAGCAGUCAAUCGCUCUCUGCAGUGACGGAGGGGCACGGCGAUAAUAUUACAAGUACAACAAGUACUACGACUGUUAAAGCAAAAACUCGUCGCGGCAGACAAACACAAAAACUUAUAUCUAGUUUUAAUUCAAAAAAUACCAAUCAAACUGAACAAACAGCGGGUGACGGUUGUAAAAGUUCUCGCAGUCGCAGCCAUAGUAGUUCAAAAUCUUCUAGUGUUAAGCGUGCCUCUUUACGCAAUUCAUUAAGUUCCAAUUUAACUUUAGACCCCACUUCAACGGCAACAGAAGCAGAUAUUGAUAAUAAAGUUUUAUCACGUAACGAACGUAAACGCCGCAGUUAUCAACAGUUCGUUAAUUCAUCUGAGAAAGAAAAAAAUAUUGAUAUAGAAUUUAGUAGUUCACCUUUGAAGAAACGUCGAAAUAUAAGUAUCGAAGAUUUUACAUCUACAUCUUUUAAUAAAUCGUCAACUUCAAUUAGCAGCGAGUUUAGCGAUUGUGUAGCUCAACGUACACGAUCGAAAACUCUUUCACCAGACGAACCUAGUACCAGUCAGGCACUAAAUCGCGUACAAGCUGACACUGCUGAUACUAAACAAACAAACAAACAUAUCAGCAGCAGCAGUUUGACUGAUAAGGCAACACCACAACGCUGCAGCAGCACGAAACGCAUUAAUAGUAACAAAAAUUUAUUAAAUUAUUAUCGCAAAACACGUAAAAUCAGUCACAGUCGUACUUCAGUACAAAAAAAGCAAUCAUCAUUGACAGUUAUCGACGACAGUUCCGAUAACAGCGACACCCAGCAGAAUAAGUAUCAGAAAAAACGCAAAACCAGCGUCGCAGAAGCCAAUCAAACGAAAUUGAAUUUGAAAAAAGCAAAAUCAACACAAUCCUCCAAUAAUUUACGUACAACAACUACUUCAAGCUCAAAUAACUCUACAGUAACAUCAACUCGCCUUAUUGAAGAAGAAACGCCAUUUCCUGGAUUUGUUUCACGUAUUAGUAAAAUCAAUAGCCUUCGUAGCAGUCUUCAACAUUAUCACGAAUUGCUUGCAGUUUACAACGACGAAGACAUUGAAGACGAAGACGAUCUUGACGACGAAGAGUUAGGUGAGGAAGAAGAUAUAAUAUCUGAGUUGGACGACACUGCAGAGGGUAUCCAACGUCAAAAAAUCUGUUCCAAUAUUCAACGUGAAAAUCAACAUAACGGAAACAAGAGUAACGAAAUUGUCAAUAAUAAGGAUUUUAUACAAACAGAAAACGCAAGUCAAAAUAACAGUGAUCAGGAAAUAAUUGCUAUAGAGGGGUCGUUAUCAAAAGGCACUACGACGACGGGUUACAAUAGAGCCCCAAAUCUGGGGGCACGUCAAACUCGCAGCAGUGGUGGCAGCACAGAUUACGCUGGUGGCCCAGCACCAAGCGGUACACCACAUCAACAACAGCAGCAGCCUCAACCGCAGCAAUUGCAGCAACAUUUUUUGGCACAUCCAUUGAUUCCUCAUUAUCCACAACAGCCGGUUCACGUGCCACCACAAUCGCAUAAUCCACACCAGCAACAAUAUUUACAACAACCAAUAACAGCACAUUACUAUAAUCCACAAGUACAUUUGCAAAAUAAUCCACAGCAACAUCAACAGCCACCACCCAAUCCACAACAGCAGCACGUACAGUAUUAUCAAGCUUAUCCAAAUCCAGUACAACAGACGGCCGCUGCCGCCUCUUCUUCGGGUAUAUUAAAUUUAAAUUUAAAUCAUUACCCAGCGCCUGGACCUGGCCCCACUGGCCAAUUAGCAGCAGCUGUUAACGGUACACCAUUAAUUUAUCACCAACAACAGCAUCAAUUGCCAGUAACGAUAUCAGGACGUUAUCAUCAUCCGCCACCACCACCGACACAUCAUCAGGCACCACCGCCAACAGGUCAACGCCAUCACGUAUUGCAUCCGGGUACCAUAGAUAUUGGACUCGGUUCUGGUAUAUUAAUUGAUCAUUCGACAGGUGGAAGAGCAUACGUAACACAUUCUAACGUACCUCCGCAUCCACCGUUACAACACGGCCCAGUACCGACACACUCCGUAAUACCAAACUCUUCGCAUAUACUUCGACGGAGUUCACGUAGCAAAACGGGUUCUUGUGUAAGUUCAGCGGCGCAACAAAGCAGUGGCAGCACUAGCGGCGCAACUGCAGGUGCCGCCUCAUCGUUACUAACAACAUCCACCAAUGUACCGCCAAGUGCUGCGGCUGGUGCAAUAAAUAUUGGUAAUCAUCAUCACGGUCACCAUCCUAUACAUCAUUCUGUAGCUGCUGCUGGUGGUGCUGUAGUUGUGGCAAUUGGUUCAAAUCAACAAACACAACAGCAACAUCAAACACAAUCACAACAUCCUCAACAGUUGCCAGCGCAUCAGCAACAUAUACAUCAGCGUGCCACUUUGGUGCAGCCAAGUUUUCUAUAUCGCACUAACGCUCAUAUUACUAAUCUGAAUAAUAGUGUUGGUCCAUCGUCUGCAAAUGUUGCUGCCACCUCAAUUAUUGCUGCACCAACAUCAGCAGCAGCAGUAGCGGCAGCUACACAUACACACAACAAUCCUAACAUUCAUAAACCACCAACUGCUUCAUCGGAUGUUUUAAAUUAUAAUUUAAUGGCCCAACAACCGCCAACUGGACCGCCGAAUACUGGUGGACAAUCCGCAGCUUCAAAUAAUCUUUCGCUGGGCUCCUCAAAUUCAACUAAUCAAUCGAAUGCGGCAACUUCUGGUGGAUCAUCUUCAAUAAGUAUUGCCAAUAUAGGUUCAGUACCAAAUUCGGGAGGCAAUAAUGCUUCACAUGAUUCGGAAAGCGAUGACAGCGAAGUGGGUCGCUUACAGGCAUUACUUGAAGCCCGUGGUUUACCACCACAUUUAUUUGGUGCUCUCGGACCUAGGAUGACACAUAUUCUGCACCGCACAAUCGGUAGCAGCAGUUCUUCAAAAGCUCAACAACUGUUGCAAGGUCUACAAUCACCUGAUGAAUCCACACAAUUGCAAUCUACAAUAGAAAUGUGUCAAAUGCUCGUUAUGGGAAAUGAGGACACGCUUGCAGGUUUUCCCAUAAAGCAAGUGGUGCCAGCUCUCAUAAAUAUUUUACGUCAAGAUCAGAAUUUUGAUAUAAUGAAUAAUGCUUGUCGAGCACUUGCAUAUAUGCUAGAGGCAUUACCGCGUUCAUCAGGCACUGUUGUUGAAGCUGUACCAGUCUUUUUGGAGAAAUUGCAGGUAAUACAAUGUAUGGAUGUAGCUGAACAGAGUUUAACGGCACUUGAAAUACUAUCACGUCGUCACAACAAAGCUAUACUCCAGGCUGGUGGUGUGUCAGCUUGUCUUACCUAUUUAGACUUUUUUUCGAUCAAUGCUCAACGUGCGGCUUUAGCUAUCACAGCCAAUUGCUGUCUUAAUCUGCAUCCAGAAGAAUUUCAUUUCGUUGUCGACAGUUUAUCUCUACUAGCACGUUUGCUUUCUCAACAGGAUAAGAAGAGCGUUGAAAGUGUUUGUUCAGCAUUUUGUCGUUUAGUAGAAAGUUUCCAAGAUGAUCCAAAACGUUUACAAGAAAUUGCUAGCAAAGAACUGCUUAAGAAUUGCCAACAGCUUUUAGUGGUUACACCAGCCAUACUAAAUACUGGCACAUUUACAGCUGUUGUGCGCAUGUUAAGUCUUAUGUGUGGCAACUGCCCAGAUCUAGCGAUUGCACUAUUGAAAAAUGACAUUGCAUCUACUCUAUUGUAUUUGUUGACGGGUAAUGCUGAACCGAUCAGUUCAACUGCUUCACAUGUGGAAUUAAUUUCCCGUUCACCAUCUGAAUUGUAUGAGAUUACUUGUUUGAUUGGAGAAUUGAUGCCCCGUUUGCCAACAGAUGGUAUUUUUUCUGUCGAUGCUUUACUUGAUAGACCCACUUUGAAUACUCAAGAUCAAAUUCAAUGGCAAUGGCGAGAUGAUCGUGGAAUGUGGCAUAAUUAUUCUGCUAUUGAUUCACGUAUGAUUGAAGCGGCACAUUUAAGCUCAGAUGAUGAAUACAGUCUUAGUACGCUUGGAAAUACAUACACAAUUGAUUUUCAUUCAAUGCAACAGAUAAAUGAAGAUACUGGUACAACAAGACCUGUACAACGUAAAGUUAACCCCAACUAUGUACCAAUACCGCCGCCAGUAAUUGGCAAUUCUAAUACUGGCCAAGAUUUGUCUGCUUCAGCUGUGAUGAAUGCAAUAAAUGUUUUAAGUAAUUCUGUUACUCAAGCAAUUCCGACACAACCUACAAAUGUAACAACAACACCAGCAGAUACACCAAAUAAUUCUACAGCGCAAUCAUCAGCUCAAAAUACACAAACAAAGCGACGUGCUUCAGUUGAUGCACGAAUUGCUUGUCUUAAAGAAGAACGUGGCUUGGCCGCUGAGUUUAUUAAAAAUUUAUUUAAUGUUCUUUAUGAAGUUUAUAGCUCUUCAGCUGGCCCAAAUGUACGUUAUAAAUGUUUACGUGCACUAUUGCGUAUGGUUUAUUAUGCAACUCCAGAACUUUUAAAAGAUGUCUUAAAAUACCAACUGGUAUCAAGUCAUAUCGCUGGUAUGAUGGCAAGCAACGAUUUACGCAUUGUAGUUGGUGCCCUUCAAAUGGCUGAGAUACUUAUGGAAAAACUUCCUGAAGUAUUUGGUACACACUUCCGUCGUGAAGGAGUUAUAUACCAAAUAACACAAUUGACUGAUCCCAAUAAUCCGAUUUGUGCCAAUGCAUCGCCAAAACCGUUGGCGGCUUCUAGCGGUGGAUCUCAAAGUGCGCCUGCAUCGGCAACUAGUGUGCACGUUAAUCCGUUUUUCUUAGAAAAUUUUCAUGCUUUUGGCGGUUCAAAUUCAGCUAGUACAACACCUAAUACUACAAAACCGUUGUUAUUAACUCAUCAGUAUGCUAUGAAGAAUUUCUCACAUGCAAUGAACGCAUUAACUGCAAAUGCUUCAGCUACAACGAUAAAUAAUAGCGGUGGGCCAAAGAAUCCAAUUACUAUGCCACUAACAAAUCCACCAUCAUUAUUGCCUCAGUUACCAUCAAGCAGUAACCAAAUUCAACCAUCAGCAAUACCAAUUAAUUCAGGUGCUAUAGCGACUCCACCGGGAACAAUUAUUGGAAAUGCAGUAGCCGCUUCUGCACCAGAAAUGCAUUAUCACCAUUAUAGCAGCUCUGCGCCAGCAGGGGCUGGACCAGCCUUACAACUACAACAACCAAAUUUGUUGGUUUAUUCUACAGCAGCAGGAACUGCGCCAACUGCUUUACCUGCUAAUAAUCAAUAUGUACAUGGCAAUUUUCAUCAACCACCACCUCACAUACAGUCACAUGGUCCGCCACCUCCACACCAUAUAGAUUUGUUGCCACCAUCGUCUGUAAAUAGUGGAACACCAACCAUCAUUACUCAACAAGCCCCACCGCCGCAACAUAUUCCGCAAGUAGUUUUCCCACAAAUGGGAACAGCUGAUGCACAUUAUCAAAAUAAUUCAAUAUCAAAUUCAACUGCUAUAGUAUCAGCAACCGCGCCUUCAUCAUCUUCGGCUCCAACAACAAGUUCAACAAUACAACAUAAAAUGACUGAUAUGCUAAAGCGUAAAGUCCCACCGAAACGUAAAUCUCAGUCAAGUAGUCGUUCUAAACGUCCUGAUGAAGGUUCUUCUACCUCUGCAGUACACGAUUUAUUAAGUCGUGCAACAAGUUUGGGUACUAGCACUGGUCGAAAUACACCAAGUUCAAGUAACAAAUCACGCUUUAGCGGUGGAAACAAUGCCAACUCUAGCAGCGGAUCAGGUAAAACAUCUUUCUUAGCAUCGUUAAAUCCAGCACGCUGGGGACGGCAAGGUUCACAUCACGGUUCAUUUACCAAAGACUCAGGAGCUAGCCAAAGUAGUAGUAACAGCGCCAGCGGUAACAAUACAAGUAGUUCCAGUAAUAUACAUGGUCAUCAUGGUACAAACUCAACUUUAGCUAGUUUAUCUAAGAGCCUUUCGAACGCAAAUAUGAUUGCAGCUGGUAAUCGUGAAAAGGCACGUCAAUGGAUUCGCGAGCAAGCGGUAUCAUUCGUUAAACGUUAUGCAGAACAAGAAUCAAAUAAUGGCUCAGCCGAAUGUUCUGGCAGUAGUAAUAGUACAAAUUCAAGUGGUGCUAAUGUAUUGCAACGUUUAUCAGCAAUUAUUUUCAAAUUAAGUAGUAGUUUUCAUGAAUGUUUGGAAGCACUACUUGAGUUAAAAACAAUUCUAUUAGAAAGCGAUAUAUCACCAUUCGAAGUUAAUCAUUCAGGUUUGAUAAAAGCAAUGAUUAACUUUAUGACUUGUGAAGAAGGAAUUGUAGAACGUGAUGCUCGCUUGCGAGCUUUUAUGCAUGUUUUUGCUGGACUACCAUUGGAAAAGAUGACAACCGUAGGACAAUUACCAGCUAUAGAUGCUGUUGCUUUUAAUGCAUUGGUUGCAAAACUAAAUGGUUGCGUUACACAACUUGAACAAUUUCCAGUCAAAGUCCAUGAUUUCCCGUCUGGACCUGGUGGACGAUUUAAUCAAAGUGCUCUGAAAUUUUUCAAUACACAUCAGUUGAAGGUGAGUGGACCUCGUAUGAAGUGCAAUUUACAACGCCAUCCUGACUGUACGAAUCUCCGGCAAUGGCGUGGAGGGACUGUUAAAAUAGAUCCACUUGCUAUGGUACAAGCUAUAGAAAGAUACCUUGUUGUUCGCGGCUAUGGUGGUAUACGAGUUGACUCAGAUGACGAUUCCGAAGAUGAUAUGGAUGACAAUGUUGCAGCAGUUGUAAUGUCACAAAGUUCGUUUAAACAUAGAUUACAAUUUCUAAUUGGAGAAAAUGUGCUUCCCUAUAAUAUGACUGUUUAUCAAGCGGUUAAGCAAUUUUCCCCAUUAGUUAAUGAUCAGUCAGAAACUGACACAGAUACUGAAACUCCAAUAGUAAAUGCCCGAGUAUGGGUACAACAACACACAAUAUAUUAUCGUCCAGUUGAAGAUGACUCACACAUUACUGGCGCUAGCACCAGCAAUAAUAGCACCUCUAAUAAACAUAGUAAUACAAGUGUACAAACUUCUUCUUCAGGCUCUUCAACAUCCUUUGCAAAUGCGGUUAUAUCUUCCACAUCAUCGUCUUCGUUAAAGAAAAGCAACAAGUCUGGAUCUAAAUUUUUACGCAAGAAAACUGAAUUAUGGCAAGAAGGUGUUGCACCAAAUACUAUAUCAGCGCUGAAACCAUUCCUAAGCAAAACACUGCCUAAUGAAGUUAUUAAUGUGCAAGAUGCUUCCUUAGAUGCUCUUUGCAUGUUGCGUAUUAUCAAUGCACUGAAUCGUCAUUGGGAACAGUUAUAUGGCUGUAUUGUACAUCAGUACAUAAUAGCACAGUCAGAAUUCAUUCAUCCUAAAAUAACGGCCAAGGCUAAUAGACAGCUUCAGGAUCCUUUGGUAAUAAUGACUGGAAAUUUACCUCAAUGGUUACCACAAAUUGGUAUGGCAUGUCCGUUUUUGUUCCCCUUUGAAACACGUCACCUGCUGUUUUAUGCAACAAGCUUUGAUAGAGAUCGUGCUUUACAGCGUUUACUCGAUACAACUCCAGAUUUAAAUUCUGCUGAAUCUUCAGAGCGUGUAGCACCACGUUUAGAUCGACGUAAGCGGGCCAUUUCUCGUGAAGAUGUCUUAAAACAAGCAGAACACAUCAUGCAAGAUUUCGGGCAUACAAAAGCUUUGUUAGAAAUUCAGUACGAAAAUGAAGUUGGUACCGGUUUGGGUCCAACACUCGAAUUUUACGCUUUAGUUUCAGCUGAAUUGCAGCGUUGUGAUUUGGGAUUGUGGCAUGGUGGUGACAGCUACAGACAAACAUCUGCUGCUAUUGUUGAUGUAGUCAAAAGCCCAAUUGUUCAUAUUGAUGAUGGACAAAACAAUAUUUCACAACAGGAGGAAAUUACCACUACUACUGCUACAAUUACAACAGCUAAUAAUACACGUACGACUACAAUUACGCGUGCAAGCAGCCGUAAUAACCGUGAUAGCAACAAUGCUAGCAGUGUUGGUGUCUCCACACGUAGUAAUCUUGUUGCCACAAAUAAUACAAUUAAUAGUCAUCAGACAAGCAAUCAUUUGGAGCAUGGCUCAACAUCUAAUGAAAAUAUUUUAAAUAUGGUUAUAGAGCAGCAACAAGUUAGUGAUAAUUUACAUAUUCAACUAGAUGGGACAGGUGGCCAACAAAAUCAAAUUAAUACGCUUACAUCAGAGGGAUCUGACAACGUUAUACGUAUCGAAAACUCUGUAUCUAUUCCUGCAAUUUCAUAUGUUAACGCACAACAUGGCUUAUUCCCACAGCCGUUUGGAAGAUCAUCUAAAAUACAGCAAUUAUCUAAGGUUAAAGCAAAAUUCAAAUUUUUGGGUAAAUUUAUGGCUAAAGCUGUGAUGGACAGUAGAAUGUUGGAUUUACCAUUUUCAACCCCAUUCUAUCGUUGGUUGCUGAACGAGGAACAAUCUGUUGGUUUAGCAGAUUUAGCAUGGGUUGCGCCAGAAGUGCAGAGUACAUUAAUUCGCUUACAGAACGUAGUUCAUCAACGCGAACAUAUAUUAUCUGAUCCGAACUUUGAUGCAAUGGAAAAGACUGAAAAGAUUGAAGCGUUAGAUUUAGAUGGCUGUCCCAUAGCAGAUUUAGGCUUCGAUUUUAUGUUACCUGGCUAUAGUACUAUUGAAUUAUGCCGAAAUGGUCGUGAUUUACCAGUAACUGUUCAUAACUUAGAUCAAUAUAUAUCAUUAGUUACACACUGGUUCCUUGUUGAAGGUGUGCAAAAGCAAUUUGAAGCACUACGUGAAGGUUUUGAUUCAGUGUUCUCAACAAAUCGUUUACGUAUGUUUUAUCCGGAAGAAUUGGAAAACGUAUUUUGUGGAUCUGGUAGCAGUAAUUUUCAGCGUUGGGAUAUUAAAAUGUUACAGGAAUGUUGUCGUACAGAUCAUGGUUUCACGCAAGAAUCACAGGCUAUACAAUAUCUAUACGAUAUACUUUCAUCGUACAGUCGUGAAGAACAACGUGCUUUCUUGCAAUUUGUGACUGGUUCACCACGUUUACCAACUGGUGGAUUCAAGUCUUUAACACCACCAUUAACAAUUGUGCGUAAAACCCUUGAUGGAAAUCAGGAUCCAAAUGAUUAUUUGCCCUCCGUAAUGACUUGUGUGAAUUACUUAAAAUUACCGGAUUAUUCGAAUAGCGAAGUAAUGCGUCAUAAGUUAAAAAUAGCAGCCAAUGAGGGCAGUAUGUCGUUCCACCUGUCAUAAGGUGCUUUCAAUGAAUUGUAUAUUAUAAAACGCACAACUCUUUAUUUUUAUAUAAUUUUAUUAACAAACCAACCAAAAUUUUAAGCAGUUCGUUUCCACGCUCAAGAAAGAAAGUACACCUAAACAUCAACCAGGUUUUAUGAAUCAAUCAAAAACUGCUUAGCUGCUAACUAAAAAUUUAACAUUUUCAAUAUUUGAAUUUCAUUAUCAAAAUUAAUAGUAUAUUUUCCAUUAUAAUUUGUGAAAAACCAAUUGGUAAAAAUUAAAUUUAUAAGAAACAGAAGUAACUAUGUUGUAAAAACAAAAAUUUACUGUUCUAAAUUUAAAAUAUUAACAUUAAAUUGAUUUUGUUUAUUAAACAAUAAUAUAAUUAAUCUUUGUUUUGUUAUUAUUCUUUUUUUUAAAUAAUGAAAUUUUCUGUUAAAUUUGUUAUAAAAUAGUUAUUUUUAAAUAGUGAAAAGUUAUGAUGAAAUUUUAGUCUGUAGCAGAUUUGAGAGAUCUACAUAACGGAGGAUAACACGAAUUAACGCUUUACAUAUACAAUAAAAAUAGUUUAAAUAUAACUUAUUUGAAUAUUUUAGUUCAUAGUAACAUUAUUUUAGGGCAUACAUAUUUUAUGUAUGUGACUUAACAUUUUGACGCAAAAGAUGAAUGAAACCAACAAUCUAUAUAGGAUCUUUUUUUAUAACAAUUACAAAUUUAACUGUUUUAUAUAUACAAAACUAUGUUAAGUAUAAAAAAGAAUUAAUGAAAGUAUUGAAUUUGAAAAAUAUUUACAUAAAAAAGUCACACAAAUCUGAUUUAGGAAAUCGAUGAAUUAAUAUUUGUACAAUAAAAUAUUUUAAUUUGAAGAUAUCCUAAUAAUAAUGAAUGAGGAUUAUCAUUCAUAAAACCACUACAGAAAUGUUUCUUUAUUAUUAUUAGUUUUUUUUUUUUAAUAAAUAUCUUGCAAGUAAAUAUAACAUUUUUUAAACAAAAAUAAACAUUUAUAUAACAUAUGUUUUAAAUGGGCCUAUGCAUACAUAUAUAAUAAAUACAUGUAAGAAUGCAGAGAAAUAUAUAUAAUCGUACUUUAAAUCUUAGCAUUAUUUACUCUAAACUUAAAAAUAUAUAAAUAUAUUUAAACAUAAUUGUCCAAUUUAAAUUUAAAGUGAAUAAAAUCUAUUUUUCUGUUCAUUAAUUAUAUAUAAUAUAACUUUACUAAAAAAAAUAUGAAUCAUUACCGAAAUAUUUCAUGGAUAGUUUUUACUUACUCGAUGUAUGAAAUAAAUAAAAUAACAAUUAGUUGUAUGUAUACAAUAUGUUUAAAAAUAUUUAAAAAUGAUAAUUGUUCAAUGAAUCAUAAACAAAAAAAGAAAAAAAAACAAAAACUUCGCAAAUACAAGCCAACAGAAGAAGUUGCUAAAUUAUAACAAUAUAGUACUA